AUGCUUAACGAUCUUAAGUUUUCACCAGCUUUUAAGUCUUUUGUUGAUACCUCGUUUUUCCAUGAAUUAUCAAGAUUAAAACUUGAAGUGUUCAAGUUAGACUCUGCUGAGAAAGAAUUGUUCUCUGCACUAGACCUUGAAAAUAUCACUUCUAACACUGUUUCACUCUCGCUUAGAGAUGACAGUUUCGAUCCUGUUCUCAAUAAUGAGGCAGUGACUUUGAAAGGGUCAGUGUUGAAUUUUAAUACUAUCGAAUCAUUCAAAUCCUGUGACAAAGUAAAGUUUAUCAAGGAAAAGGGACAGCAAUUACUAGAACAGGGCCUCAAGAAUGGUCUCAAAGAGUGUGUUAGGUUUUAUGUCAUAAGCUUCGCCGAUUUGAAGAAAUAUAAGUUUUAUUAUUGGGUUUGUAUGCCUACUUUCCAGUCUGAGGGGUCAUCGUACGAAAUAAUCUCAACAAAAUCAAUCGAAGAUGGUGUAAAGAAGGAUAUAUGGGAGCAGAACAGCUUUAUCUCCUGUGUUGUGGAUGGAAAGAUUCAGGAAGCAUCACCUCAGUAUCUCAAAGUAUGUCAGAAAGUCAUCUUCAAGGACUUCAGUCGGCUGAAGGGCAUUCCUGCCGCAGUUACUAAGAACUUUCUAACGGUUUGGAGUCAAAUAUCCACAAGGAAUACGUACACCAUAUGUUUCCUUCGUGAUGAUAAUUCCAGCUUCGCGGCAGAGAUCAGAGUUACCGGGAGCAAUACAGGAUGUCUUAAGGUCAGCGGUUGGGAGAAAAAUGGUCUUGGAAAAUUAGCUCCGAAAUCGGCUGACUUAAGCUCAUUGAUGGAUCCCGUGAAGAUAGCAGAACAAUCCAUUGAUCUCAAUCUCAAGCUAAUGAAAUGGAGGAUUGCUCCUGACAUUGAUCUAGAAAGAAUAAAGAACAUUAAAGCAUUGAUCUUGGGGUCAGGUACCCUAGGUUGCUACGUGGCUAGAGCUUUAUUAGCUUGGGGUACUCGUCAUGUAACUUUUGUCGACAACAGCACUGUCUCUUUCUCUAAUCCGGUAAGGCAACCAUUAUUCAACUUUGAAGAUUGUGGGCGACCAAAGGCCGAAGCUGCCAGUGACUCUCUGAAGAAGAUAUUUCCUUCUGUCGUUUCUGCAGGUUAUCAAUUGGAAAUACCAAUGAUAGGACAUCCUGUAUCGAACGAAAGCAAGCAGAGGAAGGAUUAUGAAAUUUUGGACGAGCUUAUAAGGACGCAUGAUGUUAUAUUUCUUUUAAUGGAUGCACGCGAGACGAGAUGGCUUCCCUCGGUGCUUGGACGAAUGCAUGAAAAAAUAGUUAUUAAUGCGGCCCUUGGUUUUGACAGUUAUUUGGUAAUGAGACAUGGCAACAAUAAUGACAACCUGGGUUGCUAUUUCUGUAACGAUAUCGUGGCCCCAAGUGAUUCUCUAACUGACAGAACAUUAGAUCAGAUGUGUACUGUAACUAGACCGGGUGUUGCCCUAUUAGCGGCUUCCCAGGCUGUUGAAUUAUUGGUGACAUAUCUUCAGCCUUCGACGAACGUGCUUGGGUCAGCUCCGCAUCAAAUACGAGGAUUUCUAAAUGAAUUUAAAACUGUAAAACUUGAAACACCGGCAUAUCAGCACUGUUGUGCAAGCAAUGAAAAUGUCAUUUUAACUCUAAAGGAAAACGGAUGGAAUUUCGUGAAACAGGCGCUAGAUGAUUAUAAGUGUGUGGAGCAAUUAAGUGGACUGUCGAAGGUGCAAGAGGAGGCUGAAUUGGCAAUUCAAGAAGAUAUUUCCUUUGAUGACGACGAGGAAUUGUCAAUAGAGUGA